CAGGGACGGAAAAGAUUCUAGCAAAGGCUCUUGAUUUAAAUGAAUUUCAACCAGAAAAUAAAUUGACUUUUACUAAAAGAUUUUCAGAAAUUAAACAAGUUGAACGAUGUGAUGCCGAAUAUUUUCAACCAAAAUUCGAUGAAGCUAUUGAAAGAAUAAAAAAAUCCAAAAAUG